CCCGGGCGCAGGCGAGCGGGCGGAGCAGCGGACGGCGCCCAGGCCGCCCCACGCGCCGGGCUCGCGGCGGAGCGCGCCGGACUCGUCGGGGCCCGCGGCCGCCCGCGCCUUUCAAUGGGCAGCUCGCACUUGCUCAACAAGGGCCUGCCGCUCGUCAGACUUUGACCCCGGCGCAGGCUUCAGUGGUCGCCGAGGAUCAGGAGCCUAAGAGCUUUGGUUCGAGACAAUUAAAGACGUGGGAUGAGGAUCCAGUGACAGGACGCGGUUCUGCCUGGAGAUUCUGAAGAUAAAACGCUUUGAAAAGUCGAAUUCAUGGUCGUGGAAGCCGAGCCCAUAUUAAGAAAUGUCAGGCGUCCGACCCCCGAUCAUGAACGGGCCCAUGCAUCCCCGGCCCCUGGUGGCACUGCUCGAUGGCCGGGACUGCACGGUGGAGAUGCCCAUCCUGAAGGACGUGGCCACGGUGGCCUUCUGUGACGCGCAGUCCACGCAGGAGAUCCACGAGAAGGUGCUGAACGAGGCGGUGGGGGCGCUGAUGUACCACACCAUCACGCUGACCAGGGAGGACCUGGAGAAGUUCAAAGCUCUGCGCAUCAUUGUCAGAAUUGGGAGCGGUUUUGACAACAUCGACAUCAAGUCUGCUGGGGAUUUAGGCAUCGCUGUCUGCAACGUGCCGGCGGCGUCUGUCGAGGAGACCGCUGACUCCACCAUGUGCCACAUCCUCAACCUGUACCGCAGGACCACGUGGCUGCACCAGGCGCUACGGGAAGGCACUCGGGUCCAGAGCGUCGAGCAGAUCCGGGAAGUAGCUUCCGGAGCCGCCAGGAUCCGCGGGGAGACCUUGGGCAUCAUAGGACUGGGUCGUGUGGGGCAGGCAGUGGCGCUCCGGGCCAAGGCCUUCGGUUUCAACGUGCUCUUCUAUGACCCGUACCUGUCGGACGGCACCGAGCGGGCCCUGGGCCUGCAGCGGGUGAGCACUCUGCAGGACCUGCUCUUCCACAGUGACUGCGUCACCCUGCACUGCGGCCUCAACGAGCACAACCACCACCUCAUCAACGACUUCACCGUUAAGCAGAUGCGACAAGGCGCCUUCCUGGUGAACACGGCGCGGGGCGGCCUGGUGGACGAGAAGGCCCUGGCCCAGGCUCUGAAGGAAGGGCGGAUCCGGGGCGCUGCCCUGGACGUGCACGAGUCCGAGCCCUUCAGUUUCAGCCAGGGCCCCCUAAAGGAUGCACCCAACCUGAUCUGCACCCCCCACGCGGCCUGGUACAGCGAGCAGGCGUCCAUCGAGAUGCGGGAGGAGGCAGCCCGGGAAAUCCGGAGAGCCAUCACAGGCCGCAUCCCCGACAGCCUGAAAAACUGCGUCAACAAGGACCAUCUGACCGCCGCCACCCACUGGGCUAGCAUGGACCCAGCCGUCGUGCACCCUGAGCUCAACGGGGCCGCCUACAGCAGGUACCCGCCGGGCGUGGUGGGCGUGGCCCCCAGCGGCAUCCCGACUGCCGUCGAAGGCAUUGUCCCCAGCGCCAUGUCCCUGUCCCACGGCCUGCCCCCCGUGUCCCACCCGCCCCACGCCCCUUCUCCCGGCCAAACCGUCAAGCCCGAGGCAGAUAGAGACCACGCGAGUGACCAGUUGUAGCCCGGGCGGAGCUCGACAGCCUCGGCGCGGGCAGGGCGGCGCCCCCGGACGGGCGUGUGCAGAGGCGGCCUGCGGGUGGCCACAGCGCUCCAGAGACUGUCCAGGCGCCGGCGGGGGCCAGGUGGCGCCGGCUUCCCCCGCCCAGCUGUAGGUGCCCUGUCCCGGGGCCAGCCGCUGUCCUGUGUCCUUUGCGUCCUCGUUAAGCAGAAGAAGUUAGUAGUUAAUUCUAUCAUGAAUGUUCUUGUCUGUGUACAGUCUUUAGAACAUUUCAGAGGAUUUGUUUGCUUAGCUGUCAACAGAGAACCCUGAGGGAGCAUUCGGCAGGUCGGUCUCAGACUGCGUCCCGUGUGUGUUGGAACACGCCCCGAAACGAGGCAGUUGGCAAACUUCUCAGGACAACGAAUCCUUCCCGUUUUUCUUUCUACGCCACACAGUGCAUUGUUUUUUCUACCUGCUUGUCUUAUUUUUAGAAUAAUUUAGAAAAACAAAACAAAGGCUGUUUUUCCUAAUUUUGGCAUGAAUCCCCUUGUUCCAAACGAAGACGGCACCGCAGAGUGGCUGCAAGAGAACAGUGCACCUAGCCCUCUGUGCACGGCGGCCGUCGGCAUCUGUCCUGGGGAUGUGAGGGCGCAGCGUCCCGGCCUGCGCGGGUGCCGUCCUGCUGAUGUGGUAGGCUAGCAAUAUUUUGGUUAAAAUCAUGUUUGUGACUGUAACCAUUUGUAUGAAUUAUUUUAAAGAAAUAAAAAUCCCAGAAAGAACCAGCA